AUGUUCCCCAGCGCAGUUGAAGUUCUUGUUGCUGUUGCCUGUAGCUGUCUGUACGACUGUGGCUGCGGCUGUCUAACCCGUUUAUGUUUAGAUGACUUGGUAACUCCUAUAUAGACGAACAGCAACACGCACAGACAAUAAUACAUCAAACUGUUGUUUGUGGGGCGCAAGCAGAGUCUGGUCUGGCGUAGUAUCAGUAUCAGUAUCUAUGUAUCCGUAAGAUACACGUACUUGCACUGUACGCCGCUGACGUCGCGUCGUUUCCUUAUUGACUGCCUCACAGGUCGCCGCGUUUGGGCCAAUGUUUAUUUUUGUUUGCUUGCCAGCAAGCGGGAAAAACAAGUUUGGCUCUGUAACAAAAAUGCCCGGCCCAAACAAUAUAAGCAUGCAAUUGUGACUCAUUGGCAAAACAUUCAAAAACUCUAUAAAUUUCGAGCGUUUCGAUAAACAAAUACGCGGCAAAAAUGGGCUUUUCUUCGGCCCUGCAGGGCCGCGCCGCACACGAGGCACUAAUCGUGCGUCAAGACGCGGAACUGCGUCUUAUGGAGACCAUGAAACGAUCCAUCCAAAUGAAAGCCAAAUGCGACAAGGAGUACGCAAUCAGUUUGACAGCCGUCGCUCAACAAGGACUAAAAAUUGAUCGGGCUGAUGAAAUGCAAGGCAGCCUUAUUACAAAAUCCUGGCGAUCUUUUAUGGAUGAGUUGGAUCAACAGGCCAAACAGUUCAAGUUUAAUGCCGAACAGCUUGAGGUGAUCUGCGACAAACUCUCCCAUCUGUCACAGGACAAGCGGAAGGCCCGCAAGGCCUACCAGGAGGAGCAUGCCAAAAUUGCCGCACGCCUCAAUCAUCUUACAGACGAAGUUGUGCGAAAGAAAGGCGAAUACCAAAAACAUUUGGAGGGCUACAAGGCGUUGCGCACGCGCUUUGAAGAGCACUACAUAAAAGCACCAGGUCGAAGCGGUCGCAAGCUGGAUGAUGUGCGAGACAAAUAUCAAAAAGCCUGCCGUAAAUUACAUCUUACACACAAUGAGUACGUGCUGUCCAUCACGGAGGCCAUAGAGGUGGAAAAGGACUUUCGCACAGUGCUGCUGCCGGGUCUGCUAGAACAUCAGCAGUCAGUGCAGGAGAGCUUUAUACUCUUAUGGCGCAACAUACUUUUGGAAGCGGCACAGCAUGGCGAUUUGACAGCCGACAAAUUCAAAGAGAUACAAAAACGCAUCGACACUGUGAUAAGCAGCAUAAAUCCGACGGAGGAAUAUGGAGAAUUUACAGAGAAACACAAAACUUCACCCACAACUCCCUUGCUCUUCCAAUUUGAUGAAACACUCAUCGAGGACAUACCUGGCAAGCUAACAGCAAGCACCCUGACCGUGGACAAUCUAACCGUCGAUUGGCUUCGUACACGCCUGCUCGAGCUGGAGUCGGCAGUGAAAGAGUGCCAGGAGAGACAACUGAAGAUGAUUGAGCAUGUAAAUGGCGGCUCGCCGGUUGCCAAUGGCAGCGUCAUAUCCAACGGCAGCAGCGCUUCCAACGGCAUACAGUCGAACAAAGAUAGUCAGAAUCGCCAAUCAAAGGACCUCAAUGCGCUGCGCUGCCAAGAGAAGCAAAAACAAAAACUGGUUGAUAUGAUCAAGUGCGCACUGAACGAGGUGGGCUGCGAGGAGCUGCCGUCCGGCUGCGAUGAUCAUCUGUCGCUAGAGCAGAACUUUAUCGAGCAUGGCUUUAACAAUGAGCAGCAGCGCUCCAAUUCCACUAACUCUCCAGGCCUGAGUAUAAUGAAUGAGCUGAUGCGGCGUGGUGGCGUUCUCACGCUACUGCGAGGACGAGGUCGCCAUUUCAAGCGCAAGUCGACUCCACAGCCAACUACGCCCAUGGCAAGAGCACGCCAAGGUAGAUUCUCGAAGCUGCAGCCCCGCUCACAAAGCCUGGGAUCGCUGUCGGUAAUUACGGAUGCGCGUAGUCCUGCACGUUACGAGCCAGUUACUAACCCACUGCGUCUGGCGGUCAGCGUACACUAUCUCGGUGAGGAGUUUGUGUUGAGCGCGACACCGCCGGCGCUGCCUCGAUUACGGCGCACGCAAUGUUCCAUGUUGUGUUUGGGCGAGGACGACCAGCCGCUUGAGCCGUUGCCAGCGGCCUCGACCAAGCCCACGCCCUUAAACAUAUUAACCAAUGCUGCCAUUACUAACACUAACAACAACCACAUCUAUGCGGACGUGGAAUUGGACAACAAACCCUCAAGCGCUCUAGUCGAUGCGGACGCAGACAGCAUUGUUAGCGAAAAUGAUUUGGCAGUAAAGCGUCAUCAGAUUGAGAUUGAAAUCAAUCAGGUUGAAUCGGACGAAUCACAGGCAGCGCCACAGGGCUCUAUCGAUGCGCACCUGGACCAGAUUGACGAGCUCAAUCGCGUACUGGACGAUCGCUUAAAGCGUAGUAUGCAGCCCAUAACCCCUGGAGAUGUAAAUGCCAUUGAGAGCGCCGAUGAUAUACCUGUGCAAUCACGCCAGGUUGACCCGGAUACCGGUAGCCAGGCCAAGCGCAGCUCCAGUUCUAGCUCGGAGUGCCGCUCCUCGCAGCUAAGCUCCAAAGAGGGUGGUCAAUCCAAAAAACGCUCACUGUCCUUCACGCAAAAGUCCAUUAGUAACAUAAUAAGCAACAUUAGGGAGUUCUCCAAAAGCCCAUUAGCACGCAUGGCCAAAAAUGCGGCUCUUAACGAGAAGCCAGAUACUUCAAGGCAUCUAAGAGAGCCGAGCCAACUGUCUAAUAGCAGUGAAUCUCACACUCAACACAGUAAUAGUAACAGUAUUCACAUAAAUAACAACAACAAUCGUAAUCCCUGCCAAUCGACAAUCAUUACCAGCACCAUAACAACGACCAUAACAACCACAUCGAAAAUGACGCCGUCCAAGGAAACCUCAAGACUGAAAUUCAAAGUGCCAAAAAUACAAAAGAAAUCGAAAGCCAUACGAAACACAUUUCGUACCAAACUGCUCAGCUUUCAGAUGAGACGUUCCAAGCCCUGCAAGCAAUGUACUAAGCGCCGACGCAUUCAUCCCUGCAAAAGCGUGUUUGACUUUGCCAGGGAGUUCGAGACAAAUCCACUAGAGCAGGCCGAGCUGGAGCAGUUCUGUAGCUGUCCAGCACCGGCGCAAAAAACAAAAGCAAAAGCCAUGCGAAUGUCCUGCCAAAAAGAGCGAUCCUUUGAAGUGCAUAGUUCCGAGGAACUGGACGAUGAAGAGGAGGACGCCAACAACGACAGCAGCAGCGACGAUGUACUCAGCAUAAAGGAGCAUUGCUAUUGUGUGCCCAGCUUGGCGGCGAGUCUCUCGCUAUCUACGAAUCGACCACUAUAUGAGGAGGAGUGGUUCCAUGGCGUCCUCCCUCGCGAGGAGGUCGUACGUCUGCUAAACAACGAUGGUGACUUCCUGGUGCGCGAAACCAUUCGCAACGAGGAGAGCCAAAUUGUAUUGAGCGUCUGCUGGAAUGGCCACAAACAUUUCAUAGUGCAAACGACUGGAGAUGGACACUUUCGGUUCGAGGGCCCUCCCUUUCCCAGCAUACAAGAGCUGAUCAUGCAUCAGUAUCAUUCAGAGUUGCCGGUUACUGUUAAAUCAGGCGCGAUUUUGCGACGACCCGUGUGUCGUGAGCGCUGGGAGCUAAGCAACGAUGAUGUGGUUCUCCUGGAAAAGAUCGGCAGGGGAAAUUUUGGAGAUGUCUACAAGGCCAAGUUAAAAUCUACGAAACAGGAUGUGGCUGUUAAAACCUGCCGCAUGACCUUACCCGACGAACAAAAACGCAAGUUCUUGCAGGAAGGUCGCAUCCUGAAACAAUAUGAUCAUCCAAAUAUUGUCAAGCUCAUUGGUAUUUGUGUGCAAAAACAACCUAUUAUGAUUGUCAUGGAAUUAGUGCCUGGUGGCUCCUUGUUAAACUAUCUACGCAAAAACUCUAAUGCUCUGUCCACACGCCAACAGAUGGGAAUGUGUAGAGAUGCGGCUGCAGGCAUGCGAUAUCUCGAAUCCAAGAACUGCAUACAUCGCGAUCUGGCAGCUCGAAAUUGUCUUGUGGACUUCGAGCAUAGCGUAAAAAUAUCCGAUUUUGGUAUGUCACGCGAAGAAGAAGAAUACAUAGUUUCUGAUGGCAUGAAGCAAAUACCAGUUAAGUGGACCGCCCCCGAAGCGCUUAACUUUGGCAAAUACACAUCACUCUGCGAUGUUUGGUCGUAUGGCAUUCUUAUGUGGGAAAUAUUCUCCAAGGGUGAUACUCCAUAUUCAGGAAUGAGCAAUUCACGUGCCAGAGAACGCAUCGAUACAGGGUAUCGAAUGCCUACCCCGGAGAACACGCCGCCGGAAAUGUACCGUCUAAUGCUUAAGUGCUGGGCUGCUGAUGUCGAGUCUCGUCCGCAUUUUGAUGAGAUCUACAACGUGGUUGAUGCGCUUAUCCUGCGCCUGGAAAAUAGUCACUAGGCGUAGCAGCAAUUCAAUAUAUUCUGCAGCUGUAAUUAUUUCUAAAGCAUACUCAAUGUAGUUCUUAGUAAGCGCUUUUAAAGUAUGAAACGUUUUAGAACUAAGCAACGAAAUGCCUGUAUUUAUAAAAUAUAGUAUACAUACAUUAUAAGAUAAUUACCUAUAUAAACAUAUAUAUUUUUAGCACAUACACGAUAUUUAUAUAAAUAUGCAUAUAUUUUAUAGUCGUGUAACUGUACAUUUUUACAUAUAUGUGUGCCUGCUUGAGUGUAUAUGCAUGUAUGUGUGUAUGCAUUUGCGUGAUCCUGUCCGAUUUGUCGUAACGAAUCCUUAUUGUGCCAAAAACAGCAGUAAAAGAAGCCAGAGAACUUUUCGAAACUCAAUGUGUGCUUGGUGAACUCCUAGCUUAUGCCCUUGAAUUUAUAAUUUUAGUAGUUGGUAUUUAAGUUAAAACAUUUGUAAAUUAUUCAGUCUUGCUGUUUCCUGUUCCUUUAUGGGGUCUUGAAAUGGCUUUUUAUUAACUUGUAUAUUUAUUUAAUGCUAUUUACAUUUAUACUACAUUUACAACUUUAUUAAUAUACAUUCAAGCUCUAAUUUUAAGCUCAAAUAUUUGCAUGACUGUAAAUUUUGUGCAAUAAAAUGUAAAAAAAAAAUGUUCAAAAUAGUAUAUUUAUAAAUAAGUAUAAAGUUUAUCUAAAGCUCUUUGUUAAUUGCCAAUGGAACGUCGGAAAACUCCACUUUGGUAUAGAAUUUCUUAAGCUCGUCCUUUAGCUGUAAACUGUGCGCCCAGUCCACCGUUUCGCAGACGACUUUGACCUCCACCGUAUAAAUAUCGCGUAGCCAGGCUCGUUCAUGCAUAAUGUCCUUAAUUGAUACACCUACUCGAACAAGCCGCGCACAUA